AAUAAUUAGUUAUAUUGUGUUAAGCUUUGUGUCACAGCAUUGACUGUACUGUUAGUAUUGAACUCUAUUUUUUGGUGUUUAAUAUUAUAAGACAUUGAAUUGAAUACAAAAAAUUGUCGACAAAUUUAAGUCUUAAUUGAAUUUUUAAAAAAUUCAAUUCAAUAACAAAAUAAUAAUCGAUUGAAUUGUUGUCACAUUUGUUGACAUUAUAUUAUAGUUAAACAAAUAGUGUUGUAGUUGUUGUUGACAUCAAUUGAGUCGACAAUCCGUUUGCAGUUCAUUGCAGUUGUGAUCACAACAACAACGAAGAACAACAACAACAACAAGAAGAAGAAGAUUAUAAAAAUUAGCCGAAGAUUUAAGCGAUGAUUAAAUUGUUUUCAUUGAAGGGACAGACGGCUAAUCAACAGAACCAGUCGUCGCAAAGCCGUCGCAAUACUGCCGCACAGAUUCGCAUCACUAAAGAUAUAAAUGAGUUAACAUUACCGAAGAACUGUGUUAUGGUUCCCGAUCCAGAAGGAGAUCUCUUAAACUUCAAGAUCAUCAUCUGUCCCGAUGAGGGUUUCUAUAAGGGCGGAAAAUUUUCAUUUAGUUUUAAAGUGUCCCAAAACUAUCCGCACGAACCACCAAAAGUCAAGUGCGAGACCCGUGUCUAUCACCCAAACAUUGAUCUCGAGGGCAAUGUAUGUCUUAAUAUUCUACGCGAAGACUGGAAACCGGUUCUUACCAUUAAUUCAAUUGUUUAUGGAUUACAGUAUCUGUUUUUAGAGCCCAAUCCUGAAGACCCGUUGAAUAAAGAGGCCGCAGAAGUGCUUCAAACUAAUAGACGACUGUUUGAGUCAAAUGUGCGCAAAGCUAUGGGCGGCGGACAGAUAGCCAACACUUAUUUUGAUAGAUGUUUAAGACAAUAACAGCUAUCAAUGUCUUAUUAUUAUUGAUUUAUUAUUAUUACACCAAAAGCUUUUGAAUAAAUAUUUUAAAUGAAUGAGUUAAGUAAAAAAGUUGAAAAUUGA